GGAAGACUUUAUUACACAUGUGACAAGCGCUCAUAUACAACAGAAGUGACGUAACACAACAAAGAGCUUUGCUCAUGUCAGUAUAAUAAAGAUGGCGGACGGUUCAGUAGACGUGUUGGUAUGCGAAGAAUACAAAAGUUCAUUAAAUGACAGUCAAGCCAGUUUAGAUCAAAAUGUGAACGACAAUAAUGAGUCUACAACAAAUGAAAAUGACACUAUUCAUGAAUUGUUGAAUAAUCUUUCAAACUUUACGGUAAAACGAAUUCUGAGGAAUGAUGUAACUCAAAAAUUACUUGCUGUUGAGGGUACAUUUAAAGGAUAUAAACAACCUGCGUUAGUUGUUCUUGAAAAAAAAGGAUUUCCUAAAGAAGAAUUAUCAGUAAAUGAAGCUUUUUUUAAUGAUGAGACUAUAGUAAAAAAAAUAUAUCGCAAUGACAUUUAUAGAGGUUAUGAUUUGUUCCCAGAAAAGGAACACAAUGGUUUGGCUGCUACUAUCAUUUAUCCUGCUACGCCCAAACACAUUGAAAAAUUUACUCCACCAACGUUUUAUCUUGUGGAAGAAACUCCAGAAGUAUAUGAAAAUGUCACACUUCCUAUUAUAAAUUCACAACAAUUAUCUCUUCAGUGGGUCGACAAUAUUUUAGAAGGUAAAGCUGAAACAGAUAGAGUCAUUUUCAACGACCCCGAUAAAAAAACUGGAUUUGUCCUGGUAAAGGAUUUAAAAAUGAAAGAUGAAAAAUCGUUAUACUUGAUUGCAUUGGUGAGGCAAAAAAUAAAAAGCAUUAGAGAUUUGAAUGAAAGCCAUCUUCCUCUGUUGACAAAUAUUAAAGAAGCUGGAACUAAAGCUAUAAAAGAAACUUAUAAUAUUUCUGAAAAUCAAUUAAAGAUUUUUUUCCACUAUCAACCGUCAUAUUAUCAGCUUCAUGUACAUUUUAUUACUCUAGAUGUAGAAAAUGCAGGAUCUUUUGUAGAGCGAGCUCAUUUGCUAUCGACAGUAAUCAGUAACAUUCAAAUGGUACCGGACUAUUAUCAAAAAACUACUUUAACAUUUCGUCUCUGUAAAUAUCUUGCAUUUAAACCAUACGAAGAUUACCUAAAUGGACGAGAAGAUCCACCAACAAAACGUGCAAGGCUAUCAUUGUAAAGCAUAAAAUUAAUCGUUAUUAUUUAAACUUAUAGAUACUAAUUGUUAUUGAGUGAAAUUAAAUAAUUAUAGACUAGCUAUUGAUCUUCAAACGAUGAAUACCUUAUAUUAAUACUAUUUUACAAAAAAUAAAUGUAUA